UAAACAGUCAAAAAGUAUAACAAAUUAGUCUCAAAAGUGAAAAAAGGUGGACAAUACAUCAAUAUAAUGAGUUUAGUCAAAAAAUCAUCAACUUGGAGUGAAGUUGUGGACCUGAAAUGAACAGAUUGGACCACUCGUCUAAACACGACAGAGAGGACGAUAACAAUGGCAGAGGGAACUGUACGAAGCAAAACAAAAUAUUGGAACUGGACUUGGAUUACCUGGAGAGGGGGGGCGCAGGCACCCUGACGGUUGGGGGGGCUCCCAGCGUGGAGCCAAGUCCCGACAGCCUGGACCUCAUCAAAGUGGUGCUCUUGGGCGCCCCAGCCGUGGGCAAGACUAGUAUUAUACAGCAAUUCGUGUGGAGCGAUUUCUCAGAAGAUUACCUGCCGACUGACAGAAAGCACACCUUUUACCCUUCGGUGAUCAUCAACGAGCACCUGUACGAAGUGAAGAUCACUGAUGUACCUGUCAUCCCUUACUUCCCCAUCAACUCGUACUAUGAAUGGGCCCACUACCGCUUUUAUGGUCUUCGGAAUGCCACAGCAUACAUCCUUGUCUUUGACUUAUCGAAUGUGGAGACUUUCCAGUACAUCAGAACGCUGCGAGACCAGAUGGUAGAGAGCAGAGACAUGAGAAACGUGCCCGUUCUGGUUGUGGGUAAUAAGCAGGAUUUGCUGUGCAGUAACACUCCUUCUGCUGCUAGCGGUCUGCAGCAGCUAGCAAUCGCUGAAAGCGCUUGUGGUGACUCCAGGGAGAAGCGUCGUAACAUCGUCAAUCUGGUUCGAAAGCACUGGAAGUGCGGCUACGUGGAGUGUUCUGCCAAAUACAAUUGGAGGGUUAUAGCAGUUUUCAAAGAACUUAUGGAGAUGAUAGAUGCAUUGGAGUGGAGUGGUGGGGGGAGGAACGCAGAGCCUCCUCCAGACUCCUCGACCGGUGGUGGGGCAGGGUCUCAUGAGAACCGUUGCGUGGUUGCUUAGCACUAGUUUCUAGAACUUUUGCAAAAUACUGAGUUUUCUUUGUGUACUCUUAAAAUGAUGGUGUGGACAAAAAGAUAAGCGUUGCAUUAGAUAAUGUAUUGAACAAUGAUAGAUGGAUAUUAAGACCAUUGGAAAGCAGUAUCAAAAAGUGAAAAUUGUAGGGUUUCCUUAAUAACUGUUCUUAAAGAAAUAUCUUAUCGAACAAGCGUAUAAUGGACUGAUACACUUUUUGAUGUUUUGGAUA